UACUAAAUCAUACUUUCUGACAAUCAGUUUAAAGAACUUGGUGAACAAUUUUAUGAUUAUUUAGACGAAAAACAGAUUCGAUGUACCUAUUUUGAACAACACCACCGUCCAAAACAAAAAUUCAGUUCAACGCCCUUGUUUUAAAUUCCAACAAACAAUUCAAUACCAUUAUGAAGUUGUAUUUAAAAGUGUUGAUUGGAUUAGCAGUAGCAGUUGUGACAGUUUUCACGCAAAAUAAUAACUGCAUACUGACGGGAAAUUCCUUGGGCAAUCUCACCUCUAUUCAGCAACAAUGCACUGAGAUUGUAAUAGAAAAUUUCACAGUGCCUGCAAAUCAGAGUUUAUCGUUAAGAAAUCUUAGGAAUGGUACAACAGUAUCUUUCAGAGGACUUAUAAGCUUCGGAUAUGCAGAAUCGCUUGGAAAUCUUAUUGUAGUCUCAGGCACAAAUAUUACUGUCAUAGGAGAACCUGGACACCUUUUCAAUUGCAGAGGUGAAAGGUGGUGGGACGGAUUUGCGGACAACAACGGCAAAUUGAAACCGUUAUUCUUUCUGGCAAUCAACCUACGGUAUUCAAGUGUCAGUGGAUUGCGCAUUAAAAACACCCCGCAGCGGGUCAUCGCUAUCCAGUCUUCCCAACAAGUAGUGUUUUCGAACAUCACAAUAGAUAAUUUCGAAGGAGAUAGAAACGGCGCACAUACCACUAUCGGAUUUGAUUUGAACGAAUCUAGUGAUAUAACCAUUCAGGGUAGUCAAAUUGUUAAUCAAGACGAUUGUAUAGCGAUCAAUUCAGGUACAAAUUCUUACUUUUAUGACAAUCACUGUCGGGGAGGUCGGGGUAUAUCGAUUGGUCCCCUUGGUAAUCGCAGCAGCAACGUGGUCCGAAAUGUUCACGUAAGAGGCUGCACUGUUGUAAAUUCAGCAGACGGAAUUCGAAUAAGGACCUUUGCUAACACAACUGGGCAGGUGCUUGACAUCACUUACGAGAAUAUACAAUUCCAAAAUAUUUUUGAUUAUGGAAUAGUAGUACGAGGGGACUUAAGAGGUAACAGGCCCACCGGAAAUGCUACAGAAGGAUUCACUAUUAGAAAUUUUACGAUUAGUAAUGUUCAAGGCUGGGUACGACCAAGUGCCAUCAGCGUCUUUGUACUCCUUGCAGAAGGUGUAGCAUCCAAUUGGAGAUGGUCAAGGGUCAAUCUGACAGGCACCAGAAAUAUCAACAGCUGUACUGGAGUCCCACCAAAUUCAGGAGUUCAAUGUUAAACGAUAGUAAAAUUUAAUAUACACUUCAAGAAUAACAGUAAAUACAUAUUUUGUAAUUAAUUCUCAUGUUCAAAUCGCAAUCUAUGUAUCUUCAAUUGAACUUGUUUGAAAUCAAAUAAAAUAUAAUGUAAAAAUA